AUGACAGAGAACCACGGUGGGAUUCCUUCAGUCGUCGGCCUUCAGCUGUCAGACGGGAACCGCCACCGGUCGCAUCUUUGCCCCGAUCACCCCACGCUCGAUGGGGAAUUAUCAUCAAGCUUGUCUGAAGAAUCCGAGUCCGACGAUGAAAUCCCAGGCCGACAUGCACCCCUGUUCAAACGGUUUGGUAAAUUUUCUAUCCAGCGUUCUGGUCUGCGGGAUGACGAGGACGAUGAAGACGAUACCCCGGCAUUCCUUCCCCUCUCCCGGGACCCCGAUCAUAGUUACCAGGAGCGACCGGCCCAGGAGCUCAGCGCUACUCUUCGGUUAGAUGCCGAGCGAGCAGCGACGCAACGACGACGUCCCGAUCAGCAACCCGGUCCCCGGAUGCCAGUAACUACGGAGUCAUCUGGCAGCUCUAUGAGCUCCAAUGGGCCUGUCAGUCUAUCCGGCAGUAACCGACGGAUUGGCCAUGCUCCACAGAUAAUAACUAGCCCCCAACGAGCCCUUGGGUCACGUCAAAACUCGCGCAAGUCUACUACCUCCGGUCGCGAAACCAGUGACGGUACCCCCAGCAUGGGGAGCAGCUUCAGUGACCUUGACGGUAUGUACUCCGAACCGGAGGAUUCUGGAUUUCAACUAAUCGACUGGUCAGAUGCAAGCGUUACACAAUCAGCCCUGGAAGAGGCGCUUCUCAGCAACAUGCAGCAUGGCGGAAUGGCGAGUCGUAUGAGCACCAUCAGCCAAGCGUUGCGCAGUCGGUAUCUGCAGUGA